AUGGAUAAAAUUGAUGAUAAUAAGAAUGAGAUUUAUAAUCAUAGGGUUUAUGAUGAUGAGAUAGAUAUUUUUAAGAAUAACAAUUAUAAUAGUAAAUUAAUCGUUCCAAAUAAUUCUGUCUCUGUAUUAUUAGUUUUAGAUUCUUCAAUUACCAAUUCAAGUGCCAAUUUAGGCACAAAUUUAAGUACUAAUUUAAGUGCUAAUUCAAGUACCACCAAUUCAA